AACAACUCUUUCCACGAACCGCUCAGCUGUCCCGGGAGAGAGAGAGAGAGAGAGAGAGAGAGAGUGUGUUGGGGUUUUGAUUCAUUCUGUUGACUGGGAAAACAGCCGGCAUCGGCCGUCUAUUUAGUGCUUAUAUAUUCACUAAAAUUUAUAUUCAAAUGAGAAAUAAAUGUUUACGCGUUGAACAAUCAAACCAAUCCAAAUAAAGCCGCUCUUUCCUGGCGACUAAAGUCUAUACCUAUCCCUCUAUAUCAAACUCCUGACUUGUAUGGAUUUUCAAGGUAUUAUCGGCAUCACUGAACUGGGUUUCCUCUUCAUUUUCAUUCUUUUUGAAGUUAACUAAUCUUUGCAGAUUCGAAAGGUAGGGUGUUUCACAUAUGGUGGGUGAAUUGCGUAUUUCGUUAGUUUCUAGUUUUCAAUGACAUUUGAAGAAGCUUGGGUUUUUGGACUUGUGAUCGUCAAUUCUUUGAAAGAUUUGUAGUUUUUGAUUAGGUUUGUUCUAUUUGAUGUAUUGGGUAUUGGGGAAAGUUUGAGAUGGUGAAAAAAGAUCAUAGCUUUUGUUGAUUGUAUUUCAAAACUGUUGUUGAUGGGUAUGAUGGAGAGAGGGAGUUUCAGGAAGUCUGUUUUUCUUUUUAGGGGGAGAUUUGUGUUAGUGAAGGAGAAAAGUACCGUUAAUUGAUUGAAUUUGGGUGUUUUGGGAAGUUUGGUAUUGAUUUCAGGAAGAUAAUUGUCAUAGCGACAAGAAAAGUAUUGUUAGUUGAUUGAAUUUGGGUGUAAAGUGCAGCAUGGGUGUUAGUGAAGGAGAAAAUUACUGUUAAUUGAUUGAAUUUGUGUGUUUUGGGAAGUUUGGUAUUGAUUUCAGGAAGAUUAUUGUCUUAGCGACAAGAAAAGUAUUGUUAGUGGAUUGAAUUUGGGUGUAAAGUGCAACAUGGGUGGUAUAUGCACCACGGCUUCUUCAGCUGUCGAAGACAGAGACAGCCAGGCAAGCUCGAGGAAGAAAUUGUCGUCUUUGAGUAGACGAUCAUCAUCGGAGUUGCGAGUGAAUUCUUCAAGAAGACAUGAUGGAGUACGGGGUAAUGAUAGAUUGGGAUUGUACAGUGAUGAAGUGAAAGCUAUGCGCAUUGAUAAGAAAGCCAACGGUUCGAUUCGGGUUUAUGAUGAUCAGAUUGAGAAGAAGAGGAGAGAGAAGUCUGAAGUCUCUGCUAUUGAUCAUCCAGGCGUGGGAAGGGUGCCAAAGGCUACACAUGGAGAGCAGAUUGCGGCAGGGUGGCCAGCUUGGCUAUCUAAUGUGGCCGGGGAAGCUAUCAAGGGAUGGAUACCGCGGAGGGCAAAUACUUUUGAGAAAUUAGAAAAAAUUGGCCAAGGAACUUAUAGUAGUGUUUACAAGGCUCGUGAUGUUAUCCAUGAUAAAAUUGUUGCUUUGAAAAAAGUACGAUUUGAUAAUCUGGAUAUUGAGAGCGUCAAGUUUAUGGCAAGGGAAAUCAUCAUUUUGCGAAGGCUUGAUCAUCCUAAUAUAAUAAAGCUGGAAGGCUUGAUCACAUCACAAAUGUCACGCAGUUUAUACCUUGUUUUUGAGUAUAUGGAACAUGAUCUUACUGGGCUUGCAUCACGCCCUGGCAUAAAGUUCUCAGAACCACAGGUUAAAUGUUACAUGCAGCAACUUUUAAGUGGACUUGAUCAUUGUCAUAGUCGUGGUGUCCUGCAUCGUGACAUAAAAGGUUCAAAUCUUCUUAUAGACGAUUAUGGCGUUUUGAAGAUUGCGGAUUUUGGCUUGGCUACUUCUUACAAUCCUCAUCAUAGUGUUCCACUGACAAGCCGUGUGGUCACUCUUUGGUAUCGACCACCAGAACUUUUGCUUGGAGCAUCUCACUAUGGUGUUGCGGUGGAUUUAUGGAGUACUGGUUGCAUACUGGGGGAAUUAUAUACUGGCAAGCCUAUCUUGCCAGGAAAGACAGAGGUUGAGCAAUUGCAUAAGAUUUUUAAGCUUUGUGGCUCACCUUCUGACGAUUACUGGCGAAAUUUGCGGUUGUCACAUGCAACAUUCUUCAGGCCACCACAGCCUUAUAGAAGAUGUGUUGCCGAAACAUUCAAAGAUUUUCCUGCUGUUGCUAUGGGGCUUAUUGAGACCUUGCUUUCUGUAGACCCUGCACAUCGAGGAACUGCAGCAUUGGCUCUAAAGAGUGAGUUCUUUACGACGAAACCUCUUGCUUGUGAUCCUUCAACUUUGCCAAAAUAUCCUCCCAGCAAAGAGAUUGAUGCGAAAGUGCGGGAUGAAGUAGCUAGAGCUAGAAGGCAAGGAGAUGUUGGAGACAAAGACCGGACGUUUGACCUCAAAAAGAGAGUACAAAAAGAAUCCCGGGCAAUUCCUGCAUCAAAUGCUGAUGCUCUGCCUUUCAAGCCAAUGCAGAGAAGACAAGGCCAAUCCAGUUUCCAGAGCAAAAGUGAAUUGUUCCACUCUCACAGGGAGGAAGCUCAUUCUGGUCUUUUGGUUGCUCCACCUAAACAGGCACGACCUGUUAAAGAAGUAGGAACAGGUGAACUGGAGCAUCUUCAAAAAAGGGUUUCCCAAUCAGGACCAUUGGUUCAUGGGCCUAGAUGGACAAAGUCUGGGAAGGAACUUGAUUCUCAAUCAGCUGCUUCUACUGCAUCCAACUUAUCAAAAUUGUCUGGUUUGGUAGCGACUAGAACUUUGUCGUUGUCCGAAGAUCACCAAGAAAAACCUGGUCCUGCACAGUCAGAUACAACAGAGCAAUUGGGCAGGUUGUCAGGAGCAGUUAGUGAAUCGGAGUCCAAAAGAAGGCUGGAUCAUAAACGUCACUCGCAGAUGAAUGGAGAUUUCUGUCAGAUUGAUGGAAAGGCCCGUUCUAAAGAACCAUCUCUGCAUGGUCCUGGGUCAAGGGGAAGCAAGAUGUAUGUCUCUGGUCCCUUACUAAAUUCAUCAAACAAUGUGGACCAGAUGCUUAAAGAGCACGAUCGCAAGAUCCAAGAAUUUUCUCGACGAGCACGACUUGACAAGACGAGAGUUGACAAAGUUCAUGCUCAAGGGAGGCGAGUGAGUGCUAAUUAGUGCCUCAUAUUUAAUCCUGUAGGUGGAUAAAUUAACAAUGGCAUCCAACAAUGUCAUGGAUAAUCAAUCGUCUCUGGCUCCAUGCACAAAGCUAUUUCUGCUCUUUUGUAAUUAUAAUUCUGUUUUAUUUUUUUUUUUUAAACUACACACUCUACAAUAAUAGAAAAAAGGCAGUGUAUAAAUCUUCUCUUUUGCAAUGCUACCCGACAUGGUCGAGGUGUUUGGAAAUUUGAUGAUGAUUAGAUUGUAUUUUGCUUAUUUAUCACAGAAUAUCACCACCAUUUCUUUC